AUGGUUAAUGAAGAAGGUGAAGAGAUCCCGACGUUUUUCUUUUGGGUAUUUUUGAAAAUAUGGGUUCUUAUUUAUUUUUAUUUGUUUUUCUUCACUACUACGUGGAAAAUAUUUGUAGAUUUGAUGCAUAAGUUCCAAAUGACAAAAGAAUGCCACGAUGGGGUCGCUGGUUCAUAUCUAUCUAUCUAUCUAUCUAUCUAUCUAUCUAUCUAUCUAUCUAUUCAACCUGAUCAUAUCUAUCUGUGUACUCAACCUGUUCACAUCUAUUCAACCUGUUCAUAUCUAUCUAUUCAACAUUUUCAUAUUUAUCUAUCAUUUAAACCUGUUGAUAUCUAUCUAUUCAACCUCUUGAUAUGUAUCUAUACAUUCAACUUGUUCAUAUCUAUCUAUUCGACCCGUUCAUAUCUAUCUAUCUAUCUAUUCGACCCGUUCAUAUCUAUCUAUCUAUCUAUCUAUCUAUCUAUCUAUCUAUCUAUCUAUCUAUCUAUCUUUUCAACCUCUUGA